AUGAAUAGAGAUGAGGGUAGGAGUGAAGUAGAAGUGAAAGCUGUAGGAUCCAGUCAGGAGAUGUUUGAGCUGAGUGAAAUUGUAGUCAGCAAAGAAACACCACGGCCACGGCCACUUUCAGAUGAAGAAAUUGUCACACUUUUGUAUGAAUCGGAUGCUGAAAAUGAUCCUGAAGUUGAGGACCUUGUGGAAGAUUCUACAGAUGAAGAUUACCAACCUGUCGCUAAUGUGGAGAGUGACAGCUCCAAGACUGAAGAUGAAGUUGCUGAACCAGGACCAAGCAGUAAUAUAAACAAUGCUAGAGAAGGACCUACCCUGGGUAAAAAAAGAACUGUGCCUCCUGUAAGUGGACCAAUACAGAAUCGACGUAGAAGAGGAGAACGAAGUGGGGGUUCACUUCCAGAAACUGUCUCAAAACUCCUGGGGAAGGACAGGAUCACGGAGUGGACUGUAGCAUACUUCAGCGUUACUACUCCAGGUAGGAUAGGUCAACAGAAUAUAUUGAAAGAAACAUGGGGACCGACUCCACACACAAAAUGGCACGUCUCAGAUGAUAAUGAUUCGAGUGCCUGGCGCCUUUUAGUUGAUCAAUCAAUGUUGAAACGCAUAAAGAAAUGCACAGAAGCAGAGGCACAACAGCUUCUUGGAAAUGAUUCCUGUAGUUUGCAUUUAGAAGAAUUAGAUGCAUUUGUUGCUUUAUCAUAUGUUCAUGGUGCACUAGGUGCCAGAUGUAUUGAAGUAGAUGAGUUGUGGUCAAAAAAGUGGGGAGCUCCAUUUUUCACUGACACAAUGAGCAGAAACAGGUUUCAAGAAAUUUUGAAAUAUCUGCUUUUUGAUGAAAAAAACAUACACUGUUGGAACAUUUGA